CCAAACUACGCGAGUCGUCCUCUGUCACCCCCCACUUCGCGUUACCUGCAUCGCCUCCGGGUUGCCAGUGGCUUGUCAAAAAAAUGUCGAAAGCAUCGCAGCCGGAACUCAAGAAGUUCAUGGACAAGAAGCUGUUUGUGCACCUGCAGGGAGGCCGCAAGGUCAGCGGAGUGCUCCGCGGUUAUGAUCUCUUUCUGAACCUCGUCCUCGAUGACGCGCUGGAGGAGACGACUCCAGCCCAAAAGCACCCAAUCGGCACCGUUGUCAUUCGUGGCAACAGCGUAACAUCUAUGGAAACUUUGGAAGCUACUCGGUGA